GUGACGGUGAAGUUCAAUUCAAACAUAAUGAUUAUAUCUCGCAUUUUGGGAACCCCUUACGAUAGCACAUAAAAUUUUCUGCAUAUUGUUACACUGCGUGUGUUUGCCACUUUGCCCCCUCACACCUCAUCCACCUGUCCACCUCUUCAAACCGCACCUACCACAACUCGUAACCCCACUAAUUUCUAGUAUCUAGUAGUCGUCAACUGAUAAGUUCAAUAAAUUUUCAAUUUAAAAAUCUCAAUAUUCUGAACCUUGAAUAGAAAUAGAAAUUAUUAUGUGCAAGUACAUGGAAUGCUUUUCGUAACGUUUCUAAAGCUAUUGUGAUAAAGGCAUGAUUUAGUUGUUGGUUCUGACCAAUUCCACCAAGAUUGGAUCAAUCAUCGUGUUACAUGCUUGUAGUACAGUGAUCCAUUCAAUAUGUUCAAAAAACUAAAGGAUAAAAUCGCCGAAGAGGUGAAACAGUCACCUUUGAAAAAUAUACCGUCAAUGCAACAGUUAACACAGGUGAUGACAAACAAUAGUUCCUUUACUAGCGAAAUUAACGAUGUCAUCGAAGAAGAAACCGAUCAAACGAGGGAAUUAGCUGAAGUAAACACCACGUCAGAAUACGACAGUUCUUUCACAACGGUUGAUUUGAAAAGUCCAACUCCUCCACGAAAUCGUCGUUUGUCAUCAACUUCAUCAAUAGCUAGCGAUCUCUUUCUUACGUACGACUUUACCCCAAAUCGAUAUAACUUACAGUCUGAUUUAGAAUCAAAUAGUGAAUUUGAUGAUGGCAGUUCUAUUCAUCAAUUUAAUAAUAUCACGAAAGAGAAUCUUUACGAGAAAUAUCGAAUUAUGUUACAAAAGUAUCACAAAUAUCGUGGUAGAUUUGUAGAUUUACAAAAGUACUGUAAAGAGCUUCAACGUGAAAACAAUAAAGCCAAAAACGUCUUGACAGAGUCGCAAGAUAAAGCUAUUAGGAGGAUAACCGAGUUGAAAGAACAAUGCACACUUGAACAAGAAGCGAAAGCUCAUCUUGAAGAAGCACUGAGAAGUGAACUUGAAGAAAAAGAUCAUCUUAUAGAAACUUUAAAUACAAAAAUAGAACUGCUGAAAGGUGGUAAGGACUGUGAUCAAAGUAGCCAAUUAUUAGAAACUUCCAAUUCAGUCUCGGAAUCUAUGAAUUCCGAUGCAGAAAAUUUGAAAAAUAAAAUUAAAUCUUACGAAGCUCUUCUCAGUAAAGCGAAAGAUAGCCUAACACAAAAAAGCACACAAAUUCAAGAAUUGAAUAUUAAAAUCGAUUCCGAUCGGCAAGCCUACGAGAAAAAGAUAUCGAAACUAGAACUUGACCUAAAAAAUUCUAAUGAACGAAUUACAAGUCUACAAAAAGAAAUCGAUUUAAUGAGAAGAAAAGAAGAAGAAUCUGCUUUAUCUUUAGCGGAAAAUAAAUUAGCUGUGCACAAAGAACUUGAAGCUAAAGAAAUGCUAAUUAGAAACUUGGAAAAUAAAAUCUUCGAAUACGAGAAAGAAACAAAGAAACUGAGAGCGAAACACGAAGUUGAACCAUCAGACGAUAAUUCUUCCGAAGAGAUGAAGAAAUUGCAGAAAGAAUUAGUCAAGUUUAAAACAGAUCUUGAAGAAACUCGAACUCUUAGAAAUAAUGAUUCAGCUCUUCUAAAACAGAAAGACGCUUUAAUCGACGAAUUUCGAGCAACUGUCAACAGUUCGAAUGAAGAAUUAUUCAAGCUGAAAAAAGAACUUCAGAAUUUUGAUCUUCAAGUAAUUAAUAAAAAAAGUUCAGAAAAAGACGAUAUUGCGAAAGAAUUAGAGCAAAGUCAAAGUACUAUAAAGAAAUUAGAAUUAUCAUUUUCCAAGAAGCAUAAGGAAUUCAGUAAUUUCCGUUCGGAAAAAGAAUUGCAAGUUUCUCAAUUGGAAGAACAACUCAACAAUCUGAACGAAAAGUUGAUUAGUGCGCAAACUGAGCUGGCCGAGAAAGAUCUCUUAUUGAGUAAUUUAAAAGCUGACUUUGACAAGGUCAAAUCUACAACGCAAAACGGCGAGAACGAAAAAGUAAUUGAAUUAGAGAAAACUUUGCUAGCGACAAAAGACCAGUAUUCGAGAGAUAAAAAAAAUCGUGAAGAAAUCGAAACCAACUUAAAAGCUGAUAAAAUUGUUCUGGAAGAAAUUGUAAAAAAUACUCAGAACGAAUUGAAGUCUCUUCAAGUUGAAUUUCAAAACGCUACCAAAAAAAUUGCCGAUUACGAACAACAACUGAAAUCGGGGCAAGACUCUAAACAGCAAGUAAUCGACUUGAACGAACGAUUGGAAAGAUUGACUAACGACUUGAAUAAAACCAAGCAGUCUGAGCAAGGCGUGUCUGAAAAAAUGGCUACCUUGUUGGAGCAGAUCAACGAUCUCAAGGCUAAAGAAGAUGAGCAUUUGAUUGAGAACAGAAAGUUGAAAGAUACGAUUAAAACAUUGAAGAUAUUUGAAAAUGAAACGAGAAAGUUGAAAGAAACUUUGCUCCGUAAAAAUGAAGAAAUCGAUAAACUAAAAGCUCUUGAACAACAAAUAAGUAGAAUGCAUGAAGAGUUACUCUCCAAAGAAAAGACCAUUGGUGAUCUUGCAAAAUUCGAACAUGAAGUGAAAACCUUGAACUUAGAAUUAGCCUCGAAAAAUGAAAUAAUACGUGAGUUGGAGAAUUCUAAGAAAGAUAUUGUUUCUUUGAAAGUAGAAUUGGAUUCCAAGAAUGAAAUUAUCAAGAAACUUAGUGAAUACGAAACUGAAGUCGAAUCGUUGAAAGAACAACUCCUCACGAAAGAUAGUUCAAUCGAAAGCUUGAAAAUUUUCGAAAAUCAAGUAAAAACCUUGACUGAAAAUUUAUCUUUGAAAGAUAAAGAAAUUGAGAGCUUAAAAUUAUCAGAAAGUGAGAAAUUAUCCUCGAUUAGUGGUAAAAUCGAAGCUUUGAAUAGUGAAAUUAAAUCUAAAAAUGCUGAAAUCGAAAGACUGAAAGUUUUUGAAAACGAAGUAAAAUUUUUAAAUGAACAACUGAAUUCCGAAAACGAAGCUGUUGAAGAGUUGAAAAAUCUCAACGACGAAAUAAAAUCCUUAAGUGAAGAAGUACUCGGUAAAAGUUCUGAAAUUCAAAAAUUCGAACAUGAAAUUAAGUCAUUGAAUGAAAAAUUAUCAUCCAAAGAUAAGUCGUUGGAAAAACUAGAAACCUAUAAAAACGAAUUGAAAAUUUUGAACGAAAAAUUACGUGAUAAAAAUCAACAAAUCGAAAAAAUGAAAGGGUUUGAAAGCAGGAUGAAAUCUCUCGAAGAUGAUAUAAAAGCUAAAGAAGAGGAAAUUUCAAGUUUGAAAAAAAUUCAAAACGAGGUUAAAUUAUUAAACGAAGACUUGCAUUUGAAGAAUGAAACAAUUGAAAACCUCAAACAACAAAUAAAAUCAUUGAAUGAUAGCUUGCUUGAUAAAGUUCAAGAACUCGACACUCUGAAAACGUUUGAAAACCAAUCUAAAGAAUUACAAACGAAAAUCGCAGAGCAAUCCGAAGAAAUGAAUCGCAUCCUGGAAUCACAUUCGAAUGAAAUUCUUUCGUUAACGAAAACUUCGUCUCAUAAAGACACAGAAAUAGAAAAUUAUAAAUCAGAAAUCAGCCGUCUAACUGAGAUACUUGAUCCUACAAAAAAAGAAAUCAUGCAAUUACGAGGAGAACUCGAAAAUCAAACUUCAAAAUACGAAAACUUAUUCGAACAACGUACUACCUUGGAUAAUUCUCUCAAGUCGAACGAAUCCAAAUUCGAAUCGUAUAAAAAGCAGUCAGCAGCUGAAAUCGAGCGUCUGAAGGCUGAAAAUCUGUUUCGCGAGAAAGAAUACGCAGAGUUGAAAUCUACCUUCGACGACGUUAAGCUUCAACUCGAAGAGCUCGAUAAUUUACGUAACGUUAAUAAAAUGUUGAUGUCUAAAGAUAAUCAAAGCUGCGAUAAAAUUGAUCAAUUGAACACCGAAUUAGGCCGCCUGAAUAGUGAGAAUAAAAGAUUACAAGAUCAACUAGAUCUGCUUAACGUCGCUUUGAAAAACACCGAAAAUAAAUUAGAAAAUAUUCAAAAAGGACAUCUCAUUAAUGCCCAAUCCAAUGAUUCAGUUUUGCUCGGCGUUCAGAACAAAGUUUCUCAAUUAAAAAGUGAUUACAUGAAAAUGCAGUAUGAUUUAAAACAUGAUAUUAGUAUUUUAAAACAAUAUUGUUGCGAUUACAAAGAAGAUAUUUAUACCACAAGUAAUAAAAUAAUUCAAAAUCAAAUCAUCUCGAUCGCUGAUACGGAAAAUAAGUUGAGAGAUUUAACUAGUCAAUUUGAUGUCUGUAAAAGUGAGAAUAAUUCGUUGAAAAACGAUAAAAAAGAACUACUCAUCAAAGUUAACGAUUUGUCCAAUUUAUUAAACAAACUGGAGAAGAAAUUAAACGAUCAAGGAAAUAUUGAAGAGUAUCGCAAAAAUCUGAAAAAUUUAGAGGAUCGUCAAGACGCUGAAAUCAGGCAGAUCACUUUCGACUACGAAACGAAAUUGAAGCAAAAGGAGAAAGAGUACGAGAUAUUGGAGAAUAAGUUAUUCAUGAUCAGCGACGAAGAGAAUGCUUUCGCUAUGGAGGAAAAUCAUCAAAUUAUAAAAUCGCUUCAAGAAGAAAUAUCGCAGAAGAACGAGGCCUACGAAAAGCUGUUCGAAGAACAUGGACAACUCGAGCAGAAAUUCAACGGCGAGAAAGAUGAAUUGAAGAAAUCUUACGAAAAUGAAAUCAAACAAAAUGAUAGAAAAUGGAGAGCUUGUUUAGAUAAAAUGUUGUUGGAAGUGGAAGAUAAAUAUAAAGAUGAAAUUAACGAAUUAACCAAAGAAUGGUCGAAAGAUAGAAAGUCUGACCUUAAAAUUUGGCAAAAUGAAAAUAAUAAUUUAGAGCAAACCAGUUUCCUAAAAAAUGAGAGCGAUAAACCUGAAUCCGAGUCCGAGCCAAAUCUUAUUCCUCGUGAAGAAGUUUCGCCUGAGUUUUUGGAGAACACCGCCAAUAAAUCUGGUGAUUCUGAAGCUCUAAAGAAACAAGUGCAAGUACUCUUCAAUGAAUUGAAUACUUAUAAAAAAUUGCAUAGAAAAGAUGAUCUUUCUUCCUGUAACAGUUCUCGUUCUGAUAUUGCCUUUGAUGAUCCGGUGAAUAUGGAACAUUUACGUAAUAUUCUAUACAAAUACAUGAUGGGCAUCGAACAAUCGGCUGCUGCUCGUGUUUUAGCUGAAAUUGUGAAAUUCGAUAAUGAGCAAACCCGGCAAAUAUUGGAUAAAGUUAAACCGAAAAGAUCAUCUGUGCAGGUCAAGAGAAACGAAUCACCCGCUGGAUUGAUGGCAAAUUUUCAAAAUAUGAAUCCACUGUUUAAUCCCUCAAUGUACCCGAUUUUACUGCUCGCCCUGAAAAAUAAAUUCAGAUUUAAUCCACUGAGAAUCAAAGAACCCUGACCCAAAUUAAUUUGAACGUAGUCUGAAUUAGAUGAAGUAGUAUACCUUUCUAGUGAGGAAGUAGUACGAGUAUGUCCAUUUUUCUGCGAAUUUUGUUGUUUGCCUUCAAUCUCCCUGCCAAGAUGCCAAAAUCACCACCUGAUAUGAUGAAUUUUUUUGAGGUAUUUUGAAAUGAACCUAUAAGUAUUAUCAAGUACGCUUCAUAUUGUACUUGAAUCACCUGUCUACGUCUAAUCCCUGUUUAAUAACUUUCACUGUAAUUAAAAUAUUCGUUAACUAGAUUAUUAGAAUUAUUUUUCAUGUUUUUCGUUGUCCCUGUCCGCCAAUGAUUUCAUUUUGUUAAUCUUGUCUGAUGUAAAUUUUAAGAAAAAUGGCUGUGUAUUUCGUAUUACAAACAUUCCAUUAAGUUAAUCAUUUUAACCGUUAUUUUGUGCUUUUUUGUUGUACCUUAUUUAUUUUAUUUUUUUCCAAUUUUUAUUACGUACGAUACAUAUACCUACCAAAUGAAAGUGCAAAUAUAUUCAUAAUUAAUCGUU